GUUUUAUCUCGACGUCGCUCUCGAACCUCUCUGUAAGAACAACCUCAAAAACUCGCUUUUUUAAAAAUGGCGCCUACGCUCACCAUCGAACUCCCCUACGACCGCAUGGUCAAGGAGGACUGCAUCUCGGACGAGUACCUCAUCAACCAGAUGGCCGGCAUCAACGACAACCCGCCAGAGGACAACCUCCCGCUGCGUCAGUGGCUCAUCCGCGAGGCGCACCUCGCCCUCGUCAAGAAUCCCAAGAUGAAGGAGGUUGUUUUGAAGCCGAAGUCGGACCAUUCCUCCCGCACCGAGUUCGCCAUCAAGAUUACCGGCAACGAGUAA